AGGGCACAGGGAGGGGGAACCCCAGGCAGGGAGGGGCCGCGAGCCCUGGCACGGCUGAGCCUCAGACAUGAUCCCAGGAGAUGGAGAGAGGGGCGGCAGCCCUGGAGCUGCCCCGGGGGGUUAAGUGACUUGCCUGUGGCCCCGCAGGGGGGCAGUGGCAGAGAAACAGCCUCGCUCUCCCAAGUCCCAGGUCAGGCCCCCAAUCCCUGGCCCUUCCCAUUGCUUCUGCCUGCUCCUCCGAAGGCCUGGGGCACAGGACUCCCCGAACUCAGCCCUGCCCCUGUCCCUUCCGGUGGGGUGCUACAUGUCCCACCCAUCACCCUCUGCUACAGGGAGGGAAACUGAGGCUCGCGCAGGCUUUGGACUCAGGGCCCGCUCCAGCUCCCAGGGAAGCCAACAGGAGCCUCCUCGUUCAGUCCAGGGGGCUCUGGGCCAGGCCUGGAGGCGGCCGCGGUGGAAGUGGGAAAGGAACCCAGGAGUCCUGGCCCCGAGCCCCACUCCCGUCCCUGCACCCCCAACCAGGUUCAAGUUCGCACGUCACCUCUCACCUUCCAUCUCCUGGAGGCGCUCCCCCCACCUCCGCCCCUGGUGACACCCUGGCCUCUUCCUGUCUGGUGUCUGCAGGAAGACACGCUCACACGGCGCAGCGCCAGGCUACGCAACAGAUGCCCAAGAAGCAGGAAGCGAAAGCUGCAUAGUCCUUAUGUGAGCCGCCAGCUGGGCUCUCCUCCAGCCGUGCCCGGGGCGCAGCCCCACUGCGACGGGGGGCGACUGAGAGGGGUCGAGGUGGCACGGGGCCAGGGACUUGGGAUCCCAGGGCUCGGCUCUGCAGCCGGAGGAUGGAGUCCGUGGCUCUGUACAACUUCCAGACGACCGAGAAGGACGAGCUGCCUUUCCAUAAGGGCGACACACUGAAGAUCCUGAACAUGGAGGAUGACCAGAACUGGUACAAGGCCGAGCUGUACGGCUCCGAAGGCUUCGUCCCAAAGAACUACAUCAAAGUCAAGCCGCACCCGUGGUACGCGGGCCGGAUCUCCAGGCACCUGGCCGAGGAGAUGCUGCUCAAGCGCAAGCACUUGGGAGCCUUCCUGAUCCGUGAGAGCGAGAGCGCCCCAGGAGACUUCUCCAUCUCCGUCAACUACGGGAACAACGUCCAGCACUUCAAGGUGCUCCGGGAGCGCAACGGCAAGUACUUCCUCUGGGAGGAGAAAUUCAACUCCCUGAACGAGCUGGUGGACUUCUACCGGACGACCACCAUCGCCAAGAAGCAGCAGGUCUUCCUGAGGGACGACAACCCACCCCACGAGGCAAGGAAGCCCAAGUUCGUCCAGGCCCAGUUCGACUUCUCUACCCACGAUGAGUCCCAGCUGCCCUUCUACCGUGGGGACAUCAUCGAGGUGCUCGACUGCCCCGACCCCAACUGGUGGAAAGGGAAGAUCUACGGGCGGGUCGGCCUGUUCCCCCGGAACUACGUACACCCCGUCCACAAGUGACCGGCUGGGGGGACCCCCCGGUACCACUCCCUCGGUACCCCACGGACAGACUGAGCAGCCCGGGAGCUGACGCAGAGCUUGUGGGAGACGAGUCACCUGGCAUCGGAGAGCCCAGGACCUCUCCCGGCGCUACAGCCAGACUGGGGCAUGCUGGACCCUGCUGUGAAUCGCGCCUCCUGCCAAACCCCUGCACCCCUGGAGCUGCCUCUGGCUGAGGACUGGCAGACGCUUGACCCACACCCCAGUGGGAACCUGGAUGCGGCGGCUCUGGCUGCGUCUGUGUGCUGCUCCCUCCCUGCUCCACCCCCGUGUCUCUCAACCGUGAGCUUUUCAGGGCAGGAAACUCUGUCUUCACACCUGUUAGCAAGGGGCCAAGCCGCACGCCAGGCACUGUGCACAAUAAAAAGGCCUAACCGCAGUCCCCAGCUGCUCCCUGAA